CCUUCCCUUCUCUCUCUAUCUCUCUCUCUAUCUCUUCUUUUGAAGGGUGAGUUUUCUUUGUCGUCUCCUUCGCGCGACGGGUUUCGGGGCCCCGGGGAUGGAGUGCGUCGACGCCGCUCUGAUGGCCGGGCUCCGGAAGGACGCCGUGCUCGCGAAGCUUGUCAGGCCCCACCACGCCUCAUUCUCCGACGACCUCCUCCCCCUCAAUUCCCACCACGGCGCCGGCGCCCCCUGCGACGGCGGCGGCGACGGCGACGACUUCGUGGACGACCUCUUCGACUUCUCCAACGACGAGGCCUUCUGCGCCGAGCAGGAGGAACAAGGGAGGGUGGAAGAGGCGGGCCGCGACCAGGUGCCGCUGCAGCAGAGGCGGGAACCCCGCCACGACGGCGACGGCGACGGCGACGACGGCGACGGCGACGACGACGACGAGGAGAACGUUGCGUCCGUCUCGGCCGGAGAGAAGGACGAUUUGGGGCUCGUGCCGCACCUUCCGGCCGAGGAUUUGGCGGACCUCGAGUGGCUGUCGCAUUUCGUGGAGGACUCGUUCUCGCACUUCUCCGAACCGCUCCCCGCCGCCGUCCUGCUCCAGAACCACCCCAUGAACGGCGGCGAUCGGUCCGAACCGGAAUCGGAAUCUUCCGGCUCGUCCAGACCCGGGUUCACUACCCCGCUGCCCUCGAAAGCCCGGAGCAAGCGGCCCCGGACCGGCGGCCGGGUAUGGUCCCUGGGCGUUCCUUCUCUCGCCGAGCCGUCCUCGAGCUCUUCGUCCUCGACCACGGCGUCGUCGUCGCCCCUGCUCGCGAGCCCCUGGUUUGUGCACCUGAACCGGAGCCGCAGCCUCGAGCCGGCCGAACCGGAGCCUUGGGACGCCAAGCCGCCGAUGAAGAAGCACAAGAAGCCCGCCGCCGCUGCUGCUUCGGAGACGGCCGGGCCGGCGAGACGGUGCAGCCACUGCGGCGUGCAGAAGACCCCACAGUGGAGGGCCGGCCCCAACGGGGCGAAGACCCUGUGCAACGCGUGCGGAGUCCGGUUCAAGUCGGGCCGGCUGUACCCGGAGUACCGGCCCGCGUGUAGCCCCACGUUUUGCAGCGAGCUGCACUCAAACCACCACCGCAAGGUGCUGGAGAUGAGGCACAAGAAGGAGUCGACGCUGCCGGGUCAGCCCGAGCCCGGUCGGGCCGUGCCCAGUUUUUGACGGGUCGGGGGUUUCUUCCCGGGCCCCCCCGGGAACUGGUAGGAAUUGGGGUCGAACCGGACCGGAUGCCCAGCCCGGUUCGGGCAUCGCUAGGAUCGACGACGGCAGGUAGCGGUAGGGGCAGUCAUGCUAGGAUGUCUUUAGGGAAGUCACAGGAUUCUCUUUGUACUAUUUUUUUCUUUAUAGCUCCAAAUUUCAACAUUUCGAUAUCAAUUUUUGCUAAA